AUGUCUAACACUCAGGAUGGUGAUCAACAACACACACAGAAGGCCUUCGGUUGGGCAGCAAGAGACACCUCCGGAAUUCUCUCCCCAUUUCACUUUACUAGGAGAGUGAAUGGAGACGAUGAUAUUACCAUGAAGAUACUUUACUGUGGAAUCUGCCAUACAGACCUUCACAUUACAAGGAAUGAUUUUGGAUUUGAUGUUUACCCCGUCGUUCCUGGGCACGAGAUCGUUGGAGUAGUUACCCAAGUGGGUUGCAACGUACAGAAAUUCAAGAUUGGAGAUAAAGUAGGUGUGGGAUGUUUGGUUGCCUCUUGUGGUUCUUGCGAAAACUGUAAGGAGGAUCUGGAGACCUAUUGUCCCAAAGUGGAAUUUUCAUAUACCAUCUUCAAUGACGGAACUGGAAAGAAAAACUACGGUGGAUAUUCCGAUUUCUAUGUUGUUAAUGAGCAUUUUGUUUUACGUUUCCCCGAAAAUCUGCCAUUAGAUGCCGCAGCACCAUUAUUAUGUGCUGGGGGUACUGUUUACAGUCCCAUGAAAUACUAUGGAUUGGAUAAGUCUGGAAAGCAUUUGGGAGUUGUAGGGCUUGGUGGACUUGGGCAUGUGGCAGUGAAGUUUGCUAAAGCUUUUGGUAUGAAAGUGACUGUGAUUAGUACAUCACCAAGCAAGAAGAAGGAAGCCAUUGAACGACUUGGGGCCGAUUCAUUUUUGUUCAGCAAGGAUUCAGAUGAAAUGAAGGCUGCGGUGAGCACAAUGGAUGGGAUUAUAGAUACGGUUUCUGCACCUCACCCUAUGGCACCAUUGAUUGAUCUAUUGAAGCCUCAUGGGAAGCUAGUGGUGGUGGGUGUAGCAGAGAAAACAAUGGAGGUGCCAAUCUUUCCAUUACUUAUGGGGAGGAAGCUUGUUGGGGGAAGUACUGUAGGUGGGAUAAAAGAAACACAAGAAAUGAUAGAUUUUGCAGGGAAACACAACAUAGUGGCAGAUAUCGAACUCAUAUCGAUGGACUAUGUGAACACUGCUAUGGACCGACUUGCUAGAGGAGACGUUAGAUAUCGAUUUGUCAUUGAUGUAGCUAACACCUUAAAUGUUUAGCUAAUCUCUAUCCGAGUCCACAUUUGCUUAUUUUUGGUGUUUUUUCCUCUCUUUUUCUUUUUCUUUUUCUU